AUGAGAAAUGUCCAAUAUCAAAAGAGUCUAUUAAAAAGUAAACGCAGCUCUGAAGGUGACAGCGAAGGUAGAUAUCGUCAAAAUGAUCUUUUUUUGCAAGAAAGAACAGCAGUUUUCAAACGAAAUGCUAAAGGGAAGAAAAUGAAAGGAAAAAUCAUUCAUGAGCAGGUAAAAGUUACAUUACUUAUAGAUAAAGGUUAG